AGUAUCCACUUAUGUAGUGCUCAGGGCUUAUACAAAUGAAGAUUAUUGCUUCUGGAAAAUGCAUAUUACUCUUCCUCUUCCCCUAAGCAGCCUGAGGUGAUCUGUGAAAAUGGUUCGCUAUUCACUUGACCCAGAAAACCCCACAAAAUCACGCAAGUCAAGAAGCUCAAAUCUUCAUGUUCACUUUAAGAACACACGUGAGACUGCCCAGGCCAUCAAGGGUAUGCAUAUACAAAAAACCACCAAGUAUAUGAAGGAUGUCACCUUAAAAAAAAAAUGUGUACAGUUCCGAUGUUACAAUGGUGGAGUUAGCAGGUGUGCCCAGGCCAAACAAUGGGGCUGGACACAGGGUCAGUGGCUCAAAAAGAGUGCUGAAUUUUUGCUGCAUAUGCUUAAAAAUGUAGACAGUAAUGCUGCACUUAAGGGUUUAGAUGUAGAUUCUCUGGUCAUUGAGCAUAUCCAAGUGAACAAAGCACCCAAGAUAUGUCGCCGAGCUUACAGAGCUCAUGGUCGCAUUAACCCAUACAUGAGCUCCCCCUGCCACACUGAGAUGAUCCUUACUGAAAAGGAACAGAUUGUUCCCAAACCAGAAGAAGAGGUAGCACAGAAGAAAAAGAUAAUCCAGAAGAAACAAAAACUUACGGCACGGGAACAGAUGCAACAUAAAAUAAAUGUGAAUAACAGUAAAAAAAAAAAAAAAAAAGAAAAUGCAUAUCAUUGAUCU